AGCAAGCAAAGGUGAGUUGGAACUACGAGACAAGGCGUAAUUUGUCGCAUUUAGAUGAAACUCACAACUUUACUUGGCACUAUUUUUUGGUAAACAAGAUCAAUAUUCGUUAAAGCAGCAUUUCUGCGCCAAAUCUAGUUAGUUUCCAUCGCCAAUACAAUACGACACCGCUUAAUGCAAGUCCUCGUCGUCGUUUAACGCUCACGUUUUCUGUUCUCUGAGAAGGUAAAAAGCGUUAAAACGCAGCAUCUCAAACACGCGAUUCCGAAGCUUUUCUGCGAUCAAUGGAGUUCGACCCGAUCCCAAUCGGUUCGUGCUCCAAAGAACACCAGAUGAUCUAUAAGGAGUGGUUCAAUUACGCUGAUUCAGAUAGCGAUGGCCGCAUUACGGGGAGUGAUGCCACCAAGUUUUUCGCCAUGUCCAAUUUGUCCCGCGAAGAUCUUAAGCAGGUGUGGGCUAUUGCAGAUUCAAAGCGACAAGGAUAUCUUGGUUUCACUGAAUUUAUCAUUGCUAUGCAGCUAGUUUCUUUGGCUCAAUCUGGGCACUCAAUAACACCCGAUCUGCUGACUAGUGAUGUUGAUUUUACAAAUGGGAAACCUCCCUCAAUGGAGGGUUUGGACGUAUUACUAGUUAAGAAAAAGCAUAAACAAAAAGAGGUUGAUGCAAAUGCAAUUAGCAAUAAUGCAGGUAGUUCUCAAUUGCAGCCAUCACCAUCAAGUAAUUGGUUUUCUUCAAAGUCAACAAAAAAGGUGCCUCUUUCCUCUGUGACAUCAAUAAUUGACGGCUUGAAGAGACUCUACAUUCAGAAGUUGAAGCCAUUAGAAGUUAAUUACCGUUUUAAUGAUUUUGUAUCCCCAUUACUGACAAAUAGUGACUUUGAUGCCAAACCAAUGGUUAUGCUUUUGGGUCAGUACUCAACUGGUAAAACAACAUUUAUCAAACAUCUGCUUAAAAGUAGUUAUCCAGGAGCACAUAUUGGACCUGAGCCAACAACUGAUAGGUUUGUUGUUGUCAUGUCUGGAUCUGAUGAGAGAAGCGUUCCUGGAAAUACUGUUGCUGUCCAAGCAGACAUGCCAUUUAGUGGUCUUACAACUUUUGGCACAGCAUUUUUGUCAAAAUUUGUGUGUUCACAGAUGCCUCAUCCUCUACUGGAACACAUCACAUUUGUUGACACUCCGGGAGUUCUAUCUGGAGAAAAGCAACGCACACAACGAGCAUAUGAUUUUACGGGUGUAACAUCUUGGUUUGCUGCUAAGUGUGAUUUGAUUCUCCUUCUGUUUGAUCCUCACAAACUUGACAUCAGUGAUGAGUUCAAUCGUGUGAUAUCAUCCUUACGGGGGCAUGAUGACAAAAUCCGAGUGGUUUUGAACAAGGCAGACCAAGUUGAUACCCAACAAUUGAUGAGGGUUUAUGGAGCCUUAAUGUGGUCACUUGGGAAGGUGCUGAAGACACCUGAAGUAAUGCGAGUGUAUAUUGGCUCCUUCAAUGACAAGCCUGUAAAUGAUGCUGCCACUGGUCCACUUGGGAAGGAACUCUUUGAAAAGGAACAGGAUGAUCUACUCUCGGAUCUGAAAGAUGUACCAAAAGCAGCUUGUGAUCGAAGAAUCAAUGAGUUUGUAAAACGGGCCCGAGCAGCCAAGAUACAUGCUUACAUUAUCAGCCAUCUUAAAAAGGAGAUGCCUGCUAUGAUAGGCAAAGCUAAAGCUCAACAAAAGCUCAUCGAUAAUUUGGCAGCUGAAUUUGGAAAGGUACAAAGGGAGUUCCAUUUACCUCCUGGCGAUUUUCCAAAUGUAGAGUUUUUCAGAGAGAGAUUGAGUGGUUACAAUAUUGAUAAGUUUGAAAAAUUGAAACCAAAAAUGACACAAGCAGUUGAUGACAUGUUAGCUUACGACAUUCCUAAUCUCUUGAAGAAUUUUAGGAAUCCCUAUGAUUAAAUUUCUGAGCAAUUGAGUCGGUGCUAUAAUUAGCUUAGUUAGAGUGACAUUUGUAGCGUACAAAUUUUACGGGAUCUUUAUGCAAUGUAUGUGUGUCAUGAGAUCUUUAUGUGCCAUCCGGUGGCCUUUCUUUUCUAGUAGGAAGUUUUAUUAUUUAAUAUAUGUUUUUGUAUUUAUGUAUAUUUUGUUAUCUACAAUCAAGUGUCAAGACAGAAAAUAAAGGGAAAACACAAUUACUUGUUUGCAUCAA